UCCCCCUCCGGUUUGUUUCAGCGCUAAAGUCCAGCACUGGAUUCCAGCACAGCCCUCUGCCCGACGCUUCCCGUAUGGAUUAGAAACUGUUGGAAGUUUUUCUCUGCGGUUGUCAUGUGAUGCUUCAACAUGUGGAAUACGGCUCAGACCUCGGUUGUGAAAACCCGACUGAGGAGAUCCCUCAGCGAUCAUGUGAAGGACUCCACCAACAAGGCUUGGGAUGGUUUCUGGAGGAGUGUGAGGGAGAGGCGGCUGUGGGAGAUUGAAGCCAAAGAGGCCUGUGAUUGGCUGCGAGCCGCUGGCUUCCCUCAGUAUGUUCAGUUAUUUAAAGACUGCAGGUUCCCCAUCGAUACUGAGGCUGCAAAAGAGGAUCACAGCUUCCUGGAUAAAGAUUCUCUCGAUUCACUAUGCAGGCGGCUGAUGACUUUAAAUAAGUGCAUGGAAAUCAAGCUGGAACUUUGGAGAUCUAAACACAGGGGAGAAGACUGGGAAGAGGAGGACUAUUGUGCCAUCAGCCCGAACUGGACCUAUGACAGGAGAACCCAACAGUGGCGGCGCAUGAACUCCUCCGAGGAGACGCCCGAUGACCAUCAGGACGUCUGCUCUGUCCACAGCUCCAGCCUCACAGACAGCGAGCGCCACAACGCUCACAGGGAACUGGUCUCAACAAGCCGGAGCUCCUCCCGCAGCUCCUCUGCCAACAGAACGCCGUCGCUGGACACGUCCUACAGCGGACCUCCGUCCCCCAACGGAGGGUCGUCCACUGUAAGUCUGGAAGCAGAGGUGUGCUUCAGAGAAAAACCACCGAGGAAGAAGUGCACUACUCUCCUGAGGAAGAUGGAGAAGCUGAGGCUGAGGGGUGCAGCAGGCGGCCAUCUUGGGACCCGCCGUGACGUCAGUGGGACAGUUCUGGUCCGACAGAGAGAGAGGGUGUACAGGCAGCUUCGCACGUCAAAUCUGCAGGUCCAGUCCAGCAGCCACUCAUCUUCAUCGCCCUCAUCUUCUCACACCAUAAGCAGCGGGAGCAGCAGCACCAGCCAAUCAGAAAACAGCAGCACCGUCAGCACGCCCAGCCCUGUCACCCGGGUCAGAGCCAAUUGCAAACGCUCCAACAGCGGAGUUGGGAUGCAAAGUGACCAGAACCAGAUGGAUACCGAGGUCUUCAAGAAUCAGGUCAACAACAAUAACAACAGCAGCCAUGAGAGACUGAUCUUCCAGGUCCCCCAUGGACACAAACCAGGGACUUUCCCCACCUCCCUCGCCCACAAACACAUCCUCUCCCCAAUCAUCGACAGCAACUCUGUCAACUGGCGGACCGGCAGUUUCCAUGGCUACAGGGCGCGGCAUGGGAGCAGACGGGGCCCAUCUUCUCUAGUUGGUGGAGACCAAAGUCCAGCGUCUUUGUCGACGUCCUCGGGACGUACCGGCGCGCUGGAUCACCGGCUCAGUGUCUAUGACAACGUGCCUCAUGACACACAGCUGUCUGAGGGGGAAGGUGGUGGAAGCGAAAGUGAUGCGGAAAGAAUCAGUGAGGAAUCAGAGGUGAGUCCGCUGCUGGCAGAUGAAGAUGUUUUCUCCGCUCUUGACGGCGUUCUGGAGCGAAUCAGCGACCUCCAACAGCUUGUCGUCUCCUGGUCGGAAAACAUCUCGGAGGACGAUUGUCAGAGAGGUUCCUCCUCUUCCUCACAUGACUCACCGGUCCACGGAUCCCCCUGCCCCGCCUCCCCCAGCCACAUCCACCUGGAGGUGCAGCAUCCAGAGGAGGAAGACGAAGAGGAAGAGGACUGCACUGAGAAAGUAACUGAUGUGUCAGAAAUGAGUGGAUCACCACAAUCCAAGAGGAGGGUGAGCUGGUCCAGGCAGCAGAACCGAGCCUCCCUGACCUCCGGACUGGGUCUGGAGAUCCGGUCCGCCUCCCAGAUCCUCCAGCUCCAGAAGCUGUCUCUGCUCAAACUGACUGCACUGAUGGACAAAUAUUCCCCGUCCAGCAAGCAGGGAUGGAGCUGGACUGUUCCCAAAACUAUGACAAAGACCAAGGCAAUAGCAGAGGUGAAAGGUCGUCAGGUGUUCGGGGUUCCUCUGCUCGUCAGUGUUCAGCAGACAGGAGAACCACUUCCUCCCUGCAUCCUCAGAGCACUGGUCUACCUGAGGGCCGAGUGUUUGGACCAGUUGGGUCUUUUCCGGAAGCCUGGGGUGAAGUCUCGUAUUCAGUACCUGCGUGAAAUGAUUGAGUCGGAUCCAGACGGAUUUUCGUUUGAGGGUCAGUCAGCCUUCGACGUUGCCGACAUGGUGAAGCAGUACUUCAGAGACCUACCUGAACCCAUAUUCACCAGCAAACUCUGUGAAACCUUCCUUCACAUUUACCAAUACUUUCCGAAGGACCAGCAACUGGUUGCGGCUCAGGCGGCCAUAUUGCUCCUUCCUGAUGAGAACAGGGAGGCUCUGCGGACGCUGCUGUUCUUCCUGCGAGACGUCGCUGCCUGUGUAGAUGAGAAUCAGAUGACCCCCACCAACGUGGCCGUCUGCCUGGCGCCGUCUCUCUUUCACCUCAACACCAUAAAGAGGGAGUCCAAAGCAGCCAGAUCGGGUCACAGAAAGUACAGUCUGGGUCGACCAGACCAGCGCGACCUCAGUGAGAACCUCGCUGCCACUCAGGGACUAUCCAUCAUGAUCACAGAGGCACACAGACUUUUCCAGCUUCCAGAGUUUUGGCCUGGACAGAGUUUAAUAGAGGAUUGGUCUGAAGGAGGCGAUGAGGAUCUGGAGGAGAGAAGAAACCGUCUGCAGCAGAGAACGCAGCAGCUGCUGAGCGAUGCUCAGGACAAGAGCGGAGGCUGGGAGAACCAUCCGGCCCCGCAGGACGUGGAGCUGGCCUACAAGAAGAUGAGUGACGGCUGCCCGCUGUGGACGUGGCGAGGCUGCGUGGAAGUGGCCGCUCCGCAGCAGGAGCUGCUGCAGCGGCUGCUGCGGGAGCAGCCGCUGUGGGAGGCAAACCUGCGCCGGGCCGCCGUCGUCCGCGCUCUUUCCAAGGACGCCGAGGUGUACCGCUACACGCUGCAGGGGCGGGGCCACGCACUGGGCUCACAGCCCUCGCAGGAGACCCUGGUGCUCAGAACCUGGCAAGCAGAUCCAUCCUGUGGGCCAGUGUACCUGUCCUCCAUGUCGACUGAGGUCCCUGAGGUCCAAGCGGACGGAGUCAGGGUCCAGGUCCACUGCUGCCUUUACCUGCUGGAGUCCACAGGGGCCAUCAGGACCCGACUGACUCACCUCUGUCGCACUGACACCAGAGGACGGUCUCCAGACUGGCACAAGAAGGUCAGCGGACGCCUCCUGGUCUCGGGUUUGUUGGCGAUCAGAGACUCCUUCAGAACCGACUACAAGGAAACUAAAAUAUGAGUCUGUCGCAUUUUCCCCUUCUACACAUCCAACUGCCUCCAGUUUCAGAACAUGGAGUAACAAAGUUCCCCUGGUUGCUGAAACCACUUCCUGGAGGUAAAGGAAGAAGCAGGGGAAAUACCUCAGCUGCCUGGACAAAGACAGGAAAUGAGGACAAAUAACUGCAGGAAACAGACAUUUAAUCCCCCAGAUGUUUGGCUUCAAGGGAAUCGAACCAACAACCACAACAAACAACAGAGCUAAGAGACUCAAAAGAAAGGUGACAGUGAAGAAAAAGACCUGGUGUUCCUGGUGUGAAACAAAUUAGAACAAGGCAGACUAAUUAUUUAAAAUUUUGUUUGUGAGUAAUGCUGGGAUGGAGAAGGGAAAUAAAAGAAUCCCUCUGUGGCGUACUGGAGCGUCUGCGCUGGUGAUUCAGGACUAAACCAAAGAUCCUGGAUUGGGUUUCCCUCCUGGACCUUAACGCUCAGCUAAGGCUGCGUUCACAUAGCAGGUGAUGCAACCCAUAUCCAACGUUUUCACCCAAAAUCAAUCAACAAAUGAUCUAUUAUUUCUUCAAUAAACAGUGUCACAUCCUACACACCUGGGUUGCUUUGGGAACAAAAAAUCGUUCACCUAGAAGUCUGAUUGAGAUUGUAAAAGAUCUAAAUGAAGCAUGAAGCCCUGCUGUGUGAACGCAGCUUUAGUUUAAAACUGGAUGUUUGGACCAGACUGGGAUGUGUUAUGGUGUCUGGGAGUUGAUGUAUUGAUUAUAGAUUUUUAUGUACAGGAAAAGCGAAAUAUCUCCAAACAUUUUGUUGCUCUUUGUGAACGACGGAGAGUUUCUGCAUUAUUUUCUACUUGCCAAGUUGUGCCUGAAGCAUUUUACUCUAUCUCUGAUUAUUUAACUUAAAUCCAGAUGUUUUUGUUUAAACCUGCAGAAAAAUAAGAGGUCUAACUUCAUCAGUGCCAAACUGCUAAUUAAAAUGUUUAUUUCUGUCUAAGACCUGCAUCUUGUUUUAGGUUUUUUUUUCUCUUCCCUCUGAGACCGGAUGUGGUGCCAAACAGAUUACUGACGGUAAUUUCAGAGGAAGCUGGAGGAAAACAGCAGGAGGAGUGAAGACGAGCUGCCACGCUGCGUCGCUGAAGAGAAAGAGAUUAAUACGUCUGGCAGAGUGCAGACUUCUUUACGUUGCUCCUGCUCUACACCCACUUCUGUCUUUUACAUAAAACAUAUUUACAUUUUUCAUUUAUCUGUGAGAGAAACCAUAAUUACUUAGAGUGAGAUGCCAGGGAAGAAGACAGUGGAAAGGUCCUGGUGGUGAUGACUGCUCCAAACAGUAAGGAGGGGAGGUAAUUCAUGCUAAUUCCAGUAAAAGAUUGCGGGUGUUUAAUUUCUGAAAUGUUGCUGCUGCAUCUGGAGUUAAGAACCAGGAGAACCGAGGCUGAACUCGAAGGUGAAGCAUCGGCUGCAGGAGACCAAAGAAGAGUAGAAAGAAGUUUUUGUUUCAGCUGUGAGAAAAUUACAGAACAUUUUGAAUACUUUAAACAGAUAAUGUCCAAAUGAAGCUAUGAAUCUAGCCUUCAGCCAUUCUUGGCUAAAAACCGACCACUUGAAUGAAAUAAAAUCGGCUUGGAAGAGCACACACACCAAUACACACCCACCCUUCCAUCACAACACACGUGUCCUCUCCUGACAAGAGGGGACUUCUGUUUCUAGUUUGUUGAAAAAGCAAAAACCAAAAAUAGAAUUUACAUUAAAGCUCUAUUUGACUUUUAAUCAUUUUUGAAGAAAUUGCCAAGAGGGAACCUGGAUCUCUGAGUGACGUUUACAUAUUCAAGUGGGGACCUUAACCUACUGCAAUAGAACUGUCUGUACACAUUUUUUGACCUAAAGGGUAUUUGAUUACUACAAUGAAUUACUUUAACUCUUUUAGGAAAUUGAUGAUUAACUUGAGUGAUAUUAUUUAAUUAACUCUUUACAAUACAAAUAUUGCCCAAAAAGUGAAAUUAUGGCCACAUACAUUUGAAUAAUAUUUUGAAUGCCAUUUAAUGAUGGCAUGAAUAAUUAUAUAUUAUUAAUAAACAUUUUUGUCUCCUAAUGUGGUAAGUUGCUCCUCUGUCUUUAACUAUUCAAAAUGGUGCUGCCAUGUCGUUCUUAGCAGACAAAGAGGGGACCUUGAUUUGCAUUAUGAAAUAAAGGUCCCCACUUCGUUUGUAUAGAAUGACAGGGGUCCACUGUUAGCUGGUGCAAAACGACACAAGUCCCCACUGAGAUAGGAUGGAGCGACAGUUACACUUUAGAAGAAAUUAACUGAAUAAAUCUUUUUAGGACAAAAACAUAUGAAAGCUGAAUACAAACACAGUGUUGAACUAUUUCAGUUGAUAUAAAAUAAAUCCCAACAUUUGUCUGAAAUGUUUCCUCAGAAAUAGGAUUUCAUAUGGGACAAUUGGGAGGAGUUAUAAUGGGACAUCAGGGAGUUCUCCAUUUGUGUACUGUGCACUUGGAUCAAUAAGCCGUCAAAUUAUUUUGCUGCUAGUGUUUUACCUUAUGGUUUCAACAUCAAUGCAGAUCUGGAGACUACAACACUUGCCUAUUCUUCAUUACAAAAUAACUAGUUGAAAAAGUUGGAUAAAAAAAUAUAUAGAGCUAACUGCUCUACAACUGUAGUGUUGAACAUUAGUUAACUAAAUAUUUGCAUAAAUGUUUACCCCUUUAAUCUUUUAUGCACUCUGUUUCAUACUUUGCUAUUAAUAAAUUCAAACUAUGUACCCCAUUUUU